AUGCUCGAUAUAGGAUACAAACAGAGCCAAGGCGAUCACACCUUGUUUGUAAAGCACUCGGCUUCAGGGGGAGUGACUGCAUUGUUAGUCUAUAUAGACGACAUUAUAGUGAUAGGUGAUGAUUUGGAAGGAAUGGAGAAUUUAAAAAAGUGUUUAGUGAAAGAAUUUAAAAUCAAAAAGCUCGGCAAACAAAAGUAUUUUCUCGGCAUUGAGGUAGUACAUUCUUGGGAAGGAAUUUUCAUAUCUCAGCAAAAAUAUGUAACAGAUUUGUUGACGGAAACAGGCAAGUUAGGUUGCAGACUAGCAGAGACGCCUAUAGAGUUCAACCACAGGCUUGGAGAUACUCUGGAAGACACGGCAGUAAAUAAAGGCUCCUAUCAGAGACGUGUGGGAAGGCUUAUCUACUUGUCACACACUAGACCAGACAUAGCCUAUGUAGUUAAUGUUGUAAGUCAAUUCAUGCACAAUCCCAAAGAGUCACAUUUUAGGGGUAUGUAUCGAAUCCUACAGUACUUGAAAGGCACACCGGGCAAAGGAAUUCUAUUUAAGAAGGGGAAGGAGCUAAUUCUUAAAGCCUACACUGAUGCAGAUUUUGCAGGGUCUUUAAUUGACAGGAGAUCUACCUCGGGUUAUUGCACUUUUCUACGAGGCAACCUUGUGACUUGGAGGAGUGAAAAACAGAAUGUUGUGGCAAGAUCCAGUACAGAAGUCGAGUUUAGAGCAAUGACACUAGGGAUUUGCAAAUUAUUAUGGCUAAAAAUUGUCUUAGAAGAUCUAAGAGUCAAGUGGGAAGGUCCAAUGAAGCUUUAUUGUAACAAUAAAUCAGCCAUCAAUAUUGAACAUAAUCCAGUGUAA